AUGAGGCUGUUAUUCAUGACUCCCACAAGAUUCAAGUCCUUAGGAGGUCUACUAGGACCAAUGCGGUCACCCCACGCCGUGUUCUUUGCAAUAUCCGAAUCACUAACUUCCCGCGGAAUGGUCAUGCACGCUCUCUGUAUCAUUAUCGUGAAGGCCUUCGGGGUAGGGAUCUUGUUUUUGGUAAUUUGUAUCCUUUCGAGGAUCAUACCGCCUCGGUACCCUCAAAAUAUCCCUGCUGUUCCCUUCUGGGUGACUUUGCUUUCCUUGUUUCGCGAUAUCGACCAAGAGGAAAUCUACAGGAGGCAUAUCCAGAAACCUCUCCAAACCCAUGGAGCUAUUAAGAUAUUCUUUGCGGGGCAAUGGAAUUUGCUUGUACAACGAUCAGGUUAUCUCAACGAGAUUUUUAGAAACGAGGACUUGUAUCAGAAAAGUGGGAACCAGAAGAAGAUUCCACACAGCGUGCUGGCUGAGUUCUUAGUUGUGCCGAAAGGUGACAACGUGAUUUCCUCCCGCGGCACAACAUGGCGACUCUAUCGAGACAUUAUCACGCCGGGUCUUCAGGGGCACUUUGACACAGGUCUCGUGGCCGCAAAUGCAGAAGAGCUUUGCUCUUCGCUUUUAAUGCGGCAGAAUACCGUGGGCAACCGGGGUGUGCUUGUUCAGGAUCUCCUGCAACAGUUAACCAUCGCUAAUGUUUCGCAAGUACUCUUGCAAGCAAACCACAAACCUACCAAAGGAAACGAACCAUCGCUUCAUCAGCUCCAACUAGCUGUAAAGAGGGAGAUCUUCAAACCCAUCUUCAUGAACUUUCCAGUCCUGGACAGAUUCGGUAGGCUGAUCCCGUGCCGUGUGAGAGCCCGAAACAUGGUGGAACAAUUCUCAGCCGCAUUGGAGCGCUCUGUACGGCAUGGCCAGGGAUCGCCCCAACCUGCCAAUCUAGGGGCACGUUUAAUUGCUGCGAGAGAUAGUGGGGUACUCACGGAGAAGCAAUUCCGGGACAACCUGAAAGUGCUUUUUGUCGCCGGACAAGAGAACCCGCAACUGCUCCUGAUUUCGAUGCUAUAUCUGCUUGCGAAGCAUCCGAAUGUACAAUCUCGACUGAGGCAGGAAGUCGACGCGUGUAAUACACAAGACCCCUCGAAGGUUGCUUUCAGCGAGCUUCCCUAUUUGACAUCCGUUAUCUACGAAAGCCUCCGUCUCCUGCCUCCUAUCUCACAACUCAUCAACCGCAGGACGUCACAAGACCUCGUCUUGGGAAAUCAGAUCUACAUACCCAAGGGCACAUACGUCGGCUACAACUGCUACUCUACCAACCGUGACCCUGCAGUCUGGGGACCGACAGCGGACGAAUUCCGGCCAGAACGGUGGGGUCAAAGUAACACAGAGAUUUUGCAGUGUUACCGCCAGAGGAGAGCCCGUGCGGAAUUCGUUUCUUUCCACGGUGGUAGCCGCGCCUGCUUGGGGGAGAAAUUCGCGCUCCUCGAGGCCCGAGUGGCGCUGUUUGUUCUGAUCAGCAGACUCUCAUGGCUGCUGGACCCUGAAUGGCCAGAUCGUAAGACGCCGGCCGGUCCGCUGUACCCAAGAGCUCUCCGUCUAGUUUUCACUGAACGGAAGUAA